AUGGCUUUACGCCUUAAUUUAAUUAUAUUAAAUGGCAGGUGUCCUCCAGAUAUACCAGGAGAGUUCACCCAUCUGGGGUUAAAAUCAAACAGUGUUCUUGACUAUGUAUUGGUUUCCCGGGAUCUAUUUUUGAAUGUCACCUCUUUUAAAAUUGAUAAUGCCCAAUUUAGUGACCAUCUUCCCCUGACAACCAAGUUAUGUGUUGACUGGCACCUGCUCGAGCGCUCCCACCCAAUCCCGGUGAUUGCGGAGCCGUCCACUAAAAUAAAGGGGAUUAGAUGGUCCCCUGCCCUCGCCCAUAGAUAUACGGAUUUUAUCCGAGAAAAGUUUCUUGGUGAUCAGCCGGACGUAGGAAUAGUCCCGCGUGAUCCUAUUACCUGUAUGAAUUUUUCUCUUGCCUGAUAGAAGUUUUAACUCGCUUUUUACUUCUCCAAGCUAUGGAGUUAAAAACGAUUAUUUUAAAUUUGGCGCCCCUUGGUUCAACUCUGCUUGUAAACUAGCCAGACUCCAUCUACAUACAAUAUAUAAUGACUAUAAACUUUCCGGCGCUCUGGCCUUACCUCCAUCUUAUUCCCUGGCUAAAAAAGCAUACAAACAGGCCCAGAAAUCGGCCAAACGGGAAUGGCAUUUAAAUCGCUGGCAGACUAUAAUUUCUGCCUCAAAAUCUCAUAACUCCCGGAAAUUUUGGUCCUUAAUUAAGGGAAGAAACACGAAAUACCCCUUAACGGUGAUCCCGGCCCCUACAUGGGAGCAGUUCCUGAGAAAAUAUUUCUCAGUGGCAGAAGCUCCGGCCACUCACUGGAGACCUUCUAAUCCCCUUCCCGUCUGGCACAAUACCGACCCUGCUGAAAUCCUAGAAUUGAUAGCUGAGCUGAAAACUGGUAAGGCCCCUGGGCCAGAUUUGGUCCCUGUUGAGGCUAUAAAGCUACAUUCUGCAUGGUGGGCAGGGAUUUUAGCUAAAACGUUUGACGCAAUAAAUGCCACGGGCUUAAUACCAGGUACGUGGAAGGAGGCCAUUAUAAUUCCUAUCUACAAAAAAGGCCCUCCCGGUGACCCAGGGAAUUACCGGAAUAUCAGUCUGCUAUCGUCCAUUGGGAAAAUAUAUGCCCGUUUUUGCUGGCAAGGCUGAUGAAGUGGUCAGCUGAGGCUGACCUGAUUGGGCAUGAGCAAGCCGGAUUUAGAUUAAAUCGAUCCACAACAGAUCAGGCAAUUAUUCUUUAUCACUUAGCCCGGAAAUACUCGACACCUCGACGGGGCCAACUUUGCGCAGCCUUCAUAGAUUUGAAAGCUGCGUUUGAUAGUAUUCCGAGGCAAUUACUAUGGGAUAAACUUGCCUGCUGGGGAAUAGAUAGAAGGCUCCUGUGGCUUAUCUCCCAACUUCAUGCCGGAUCCGUGGCCAGGGUAAGAAUAUCCCCUGCUGGAGACCUAACUAACCCAGUGCCAGUAAAUAAGGGUGUACGCCAGGGUUGUAUUUUAGCGCCUCUUCUUUUUAACUUAUUUAUCAGUGAUAUGAGGAACCCAUUAAUCGACUCACAAAAAUUUAUCCACACCCCCCGUAUAGCAGAUUAUCGUUGUCCUUUACUUCUCUACGCAGAUGAUGCGGUACUACUCUCUUACUCCAGAGUGGGUUUAAGGAGGGCACUAAAGAUUUUUGCAUCAUAUUGCCGUUCUAAUCAUCUGUCUAUCAACCACACCAAGUCCAAAGUACUGAUAUUUUCAAGGAGUCGAAAAUUAUAUUCAUGGAAAUUGGAGGGCACGAAAAUCGAACAAGUACACAAAUUUAAAUAUUUAGGAAUUUAUUUUCAAUAUAAUCUAGGGUGGAAAGCGCACGUUGAAUAUCUUCAAAACAAGACAAAAGCCCUAUCACACUCCCUCCUCCGUUUUUCUACUCUGAGGGGCCUUAUUCAUCCCUGCGGCCUUGAAAGUGUAUAGCAUUAAAGUGAUGGCCACAAUGGCCUAUGCUGCACCUUUAUGGGCUGCUUUUGCAAACCUCUCACCUUUAGAGUCGCUUCAAAGCCAAUUCUUACGCCGACUUCUAAAACUACCAACAUGCGUAAGUAAUGCGGCUAUUCGCUUAGAAAUGAAGAUCCCCUCAGUGGAGUUAGUUUUAUGGAGGAGAGUUUUGAUUUAUUGGAUAUCCCUAUGGCAUAAACUACCGAACCAUUAUCUCAUUCAAUGCAUGUGGCGGGAUGACUUCACAAAUUUGUGGUCAGGAAAAAUCCAUGCCAAAUUGCUGUCCUAUGAGAUCUCGCCCACGGAAUUGCUCAAACUGGAUCUAAACGCGGCAAAAAGGUGUAUAAAUCAAAGGCUGGAUGAUGUGGAGCUAUACCAAAAUUUCUUAGCUGGUGGUGGAGCCUGCUCCCCGUUAAAUCUCGGCAUAACCCCUAUCUAUCGUGCUCCGUCCUACUUAACAUCGCUUAUAGCCGCAUCUCACCGAUAUGCCUUCAUUAGAGCCAGGUUCAAUGUUUUUCCAACAAACGUGCUGAGACAUAGAUUCACUAAGGGCCAAGUCCCUUCAAUGUGUGCUUGUGAAAUGAAAACAUCUGAAUCUUUACAUCAUGUUAUGUUUAUCUGCCCUAUGUACAGUUCAGCUCGCGCUAGUAUACUAAACUCCAUAAUCCAGCCUAUGGCUGACAAACCAGUAGACCUACAGCUUGCCUGGGUUCUUCAAGAUGCAGAUCCUUAUAUUACUCUACAGGUUGCUAAAUUCCUAACAGCCGUUCUCUCGUACAAGAGACGGAAUGGAAUGUUAGCUGAUUAUUGAUAGUUAUAAGAAUUUUUGAUAUUGACAUCAGAUAUUGAUUUUAGCGUAGUGCCUAAAUUUUUAACUUUAAUCUUAAAUUUCUGUUUUGAUUUGCCAAUAUUUGUCCUUGUGAGCUGUGAAUUGUGUUAUAUUACUUGUGGCUUGUACGAGACCGCUGUUUUAUUUGAUUUGUUUUGUGUGUUGUGCUUUAUGAUGGGCGUAAAGCCGAAUAAACAUUUUGAUUGAGACUCAUCACCACCAUAUACAAAGACAGUAUGGACUGAAUUCUUGGUGCUGGGGACGAGAGCAUUGGGCAGAGUUAUUGCAUUCAUGCCCGUCUUGUCUCUUGGGAACCUCUAGCUAGUCACUGUGGGAAAGCUAGACUUGAUGAAACCUGGGUCUGAUCCAAUGUGUUUGAAUGUAUCUUCUUGCCCUGCGUUUUUAACUUAGUCACAUUUAUAUUUUAUAUAUGAUCAGGAGAUAUCUAUCCCCCUUACUUUGUAAGCAUCUCAGUUGGCUGCAGCUGAGUUUUAUUAAAUUCUUUGUCUCACAGACUCCAAUGAAUCAAGCCUCCACUCGUUCACAUUGUAUUUUCACCAUUCACAUCUCAAGCAAAGAGCCAGGUUCUGCAACCAUUCGACGCUCCAAACUACAUUUAGUGGAUCUGGCUGGUUCAGAGCGUGUUGCAAAGACUGGAGUUGGAGGCCAGUUGCUGACAGAAGCCAAAUAUAUCAAUCUGUCAUUACAUUACUUGGAACAGGUAUGGUUGACGUCAGUUCUUCAUUUUGUUAUUAGUUUGUUGUAGUAGUUUGCUUUUAGAAUGUUCAUGUUCCAUUUCACUUGGCAUUAUGGCUAAUCAUUUGAUUCAGAGAAGGAGUAUAAUGUCUCCCAGCGUAGUUUAUUUGAGGUAAUAGCAUGGAGAACAUAAUUUUCCUUAUACCAUUUUACUGCACUGUACCUUUUAAUAGAACUUCCUUCUUAAACACAAUUUCAAUGGCAGCUGUUGAAAUGCAGUAUGUAGUAAUGUUUUGUGUUCCGUGACCAAAGAAAGGCAGGUGUAUUUCAUGGAAAGCCUAACAAAGCCAUCGUGGAUUUUAUCCCAGCUAUUGAAUUAUACAGCCAAUAUAUACACUUUUCUGCCUUAGCAUUUCACGUGUUUAGUACAGUGGUACCUUGGUUUAAGAACAGCUUAGUUUAUGAACAACUUGGAUUAAGAACACUGCAAACCCGGAAGUAGGUGUUUUGGUUUGUGAACUUUGCCUUGGAAGCAGAACAUGUUGAGUGUGUUUCAUUUGUAAAUUGAGUCCCCCACUGCUAUGGGGAAGCACGCCUUGUUUUAAGAAAGCCUUGCUUUAAGAACAGACUUCCAGAACAGAUUGAGUUUGUAAACCAAGGUACCACUGUACUAAUCUUUCCCCAUUAUGAUACUCUUUACACUUUUUCUUUGGUCUUUAACUCCAGGAUCUCUACCUAGAAGCACAUGAGUGUUGUAUUAAUAACCUGUGGAUAAAUUAUUACUACUGUGACUUUAUUGCUACUGUAUUAAAAUAGUUUGAAAAACAUUAUCCAUUAGCCCUAGUGUUCUGCUAAAAGAGAAAAGCAUCACACCUGCCAGACUACAGUUUUUUGUUUUUUUACAGAUUUCACUAUGGAGUAUUGUUUCAUAGCCCUGCAAAUACUAAUAGCAAUGGAAGGCUUUGUUGAUUUUGGAGUGCUCAUAAACACAGUGUUCUCUCCCUGAAAGUUUCUUUAACAUAUUUGUAAGCCACAGAAACUGAGUAUAUGUCAGACAUUCAAGGAGAAAAGUUGUCAGAACUGAAAGAAAUGGACAAUGUACUUUGUUUAACUAUGUGCCUAACACCUUUCCCCCCCUUUGGCAUAUGGGAAUUUAAAGUAGAACAUUUAGAUUUACUAUAACUAUAACUAUAACUGAGAAAUCUUUGCAAAAAGUUUACUUUGCCUUCUGUAGCCAAAUUGUUGCUUUUGGACUAACCACAUGUUGAAUAAACAUCCCCAACCCUAAUGAUUCUACCAGCAUAUCUCAUUUUUAGACAGCAGCAACAUAAGUGUAGUGUCUGGAGUGUGUGAUGGACCGAGGUGAAGGCAAAGAAACUGAAGAUCAAGCCAGAUAAAAAACUGAUGUUGAUGGUUGCAGUUUAUAGCACAUUUUAAGUACCUCCUUUGAUUGAUGAGUUAAGAUUUGGCACUUAACAGUGACUUGAAGAUAAAUGCUAUAACCUGCUUAAAACUGAACUUUGAAAUCACUAAGUAUAAACUUGAAACAGCAUAUUUUGUGCUUAUUGAAUAUUAAAAGUGCUCUUAAUUUUGAUUUACAACACACCUCUUAAUUAAAUACUACUUUGCAGUGGAAAACAAGGACUCCCUGCUUCUUCUUGGACAGUUUCUUGGUGGAUCAUAACUACAGUCUGUUUCUGUUAUCCAGCAAUGAGGUGACAAUGUCAUUUGCUAAUGCAAGUGUUUUCUACAAUUCCAUGUGCUCAAGCAUCUUCAGUAGCAUUAGAUGAAAGGGUCUUAAUGCCAGAUGUCCACCAGCUUCUAUGUAGUCCUCUCUACUAACCUUUGUCAAACAUUAUACAGUGCAUGUUGUGGGGAAAAGAUCUGAUAUGAACAAGGCAGUAGUGCAAAAUAUUUCCCAGUCCUGGAGAUUCUGCUGUUGGGUAACAGCACCAUGUCCUUUCUAGGACUACACAGAGGCUGCAAAGGGGAAAAAAGCAGAAAUCGGAUCAUGCAGCAUUCAGAGGGAACUCAUCCCGCUCAUUCACUGAGGCAAUUGAAACAAAAAGUGUUGGCCGAAGCAAGGAAGAAAUGGGCAAUGCUUCAAAGCUCUAGCAGCUCCAUGAUCUAGCCAAGGGAUAGCCAGUAUGAUGCCCCCCAGAUAUUGUUGGACUUCAUCUUCCAUUAGCCCCAGCAAGUGUGACCAAUGGCCAGGAAUUAUUGGAAUAGAAAGCCAGCAACAUAUGGAAGGCACCACACUGGCAGCUCCUUGUCGAUCCUGUGCCAUUUCUGUGACUUUACAAAGAGUCACUGCAGGAAAGUUGAAGGUUUUUCUUUGGCUGGUAUACUAAUGCUAUUGUUUAAGUGAUCUGUAGGCCUGGGCUCCUCCUUUGGUGCCAAAAUGCAGGGUAAAAAAACUAAUAAAUUAAUAGUGUCACAGAUGGUACCACUGUAAUAGUGUCUAUGCUGAUCCACUACUGGAGUGAGUCUUGAUGAGCCAAAGUGUCUCACAUUUGCUAAUGUAUGCCACUGUUACAGUCGGUAAAAUUCUCAGUUUUAAAGUAAUUGUUUCCAGUAUUAGAGUGACUAGUCCAAAUAUUCAAGAGCAAAACCAGAGUUCUAAGAGUUUCCAUUUCUGUUCUUAUUGCAGGUAAUCAUUGCUCUGUCGGAGAAGAAUAGGUCUCAUAUUCCCUACAGGAAUUCUAUGAUGACCUCGGUGCUAAGAGACAGCCUAGGAGGGAACUGUAUGACCACAAUGAUUGCGACACUCUCAAUAGACAAAAGGAACAUAGAUGUAUGUCCUCUCAGUUUUUAUUAUAAUUUGCUGUCCAAGAGUUAGUAUUUUAAAUUUAUCCAUUAAAUUUCAUUCAAAUAUGUUUUAUAAGCCGAUGGAUUUAAUUCUACCCGAAACCCUAGUUUGCGAAGUGAUGCAACACUGCCAGAGUAGUUGGUAAACCCUAUAUUUUGAACCCUAUAUUAAGCUGGUUCUCAUGCAACACUAAGCCAUACAAUGGCUUAGGGCAGGGGUAGGCAACCUAAGGCUCAUGGGCCACAAGCAGCCCACAGGGGUCAUUUAACCGGCCCACGAGCCACCCCCGAACCGAGCCACCCGCUUGGCGAGUCCCCAUGCGCUGCGCUAAACUGGCACAGUGCGGCGCCAGGACUCACUUUCACGGCACCGGAAAUCGCGUCUGUGCAGACGCAGAUGCCGGAAAUCACUUGUAUUGGUUUCUUCUGCUGCAUUUUGCCAAAUCUGUUUGACACUAUUUAGUUCCAUCUUCAGUUUGGAUUUCAGAGACUGGAGAACUUCAAGUGUUUAUUUUGCUGCUAUUCUGUGAACAUUGAAUUUGAAGACUGUUGUCUGUUUUAAACAGGCUUCCUCAAGCGCAGGUCUCCAGAUGUUUUGAGACUACAAUUCUCAUCAUCCCCGAUGACUGGUCCUGCUAGCUAGGGAUCAAGGGAGUUGAAGGCCAAAAACAUCUGGAGGGCCAAGUUUGAGGAAGCCUGGUUUUAAAGAUUGCUGAUUUAGUUUAUUAAUUAUAUAGCACACUUACUUGUCCAUAAUUGCAUGUUAAGAAUAUUUUUUUUUACAUUUAGGAAUCAAUAUCAACUUGUAGAUUUGCUCAGCGAGUUGCCCUUAUUAAGAAUGAAGCCAUUCUAAAUGAAGAAAUUGACCCCAGACUGGUAAGGAAUUUUGGUUGUUAUUUAUACCUAGCAUUUUUCAGGAAUUCAAAUUAAUUUAAGAAAUCAGUUCAGUUUUGAAAGGUUCAGUCUGUCAUCUACUUCAUGUUUGACAAAAUAAAAGCAUGAAAAAUUGUACAAAAUGAGAGAGGAUUCCCAACAAAGUUCUUAAUCAUAACUUUAAAUUCAGCCGAUAAGUGACACCUGUUUCAUUGUUGCAGAUAAUAGCACGACUAAAGAAGGAAGUUCAGGACCUAAGAAAUGAACUGGCCAUGGUGACUGGGGAACAAAGGCAAGAAGAACUGACAGAGGAAGAGCUACAACAGUAAUAUUUUG